GUGACAACUUUCCGAGAAGCAGGAAACAAGACUCGUCUGUGUAUGUUCUUCUAUGUGCUGUGCAGAGGAAGCUAUUCUUCCCUGUGAUCAGCCAUUCCAGACUGCUGCAGGACAACACCAGAGCUCUCCAUGGUGACUACCUUCUGCCAUACCAACAGUGCUGACAACAUACACAGUCAUGCUGUAAGCUCAAGACGUCUGUGGAAACUGGAAGGGGGUGCUGGAUCAGGGGCAGCAGAGAUAUUGAAAAUGGAGAAGACUUCAAACCUUACACCGAAUCUGGAUUUUUACCGAAACAAGAAGCCAUUCAAGCCAAAUGGGGUAUACAUCGAAGUGCUACUUUCAGACUGGAAGCGUGACUACGACAGAUUGGAGAGAAAUCAUUCCUAUAUCCAGUGGCUUUUUCCACUGCAAAAACCAGGUACAAAUUCAAGUGCCAAACCACUGACCAUGAAUGAGAUCCAGAUCAUGAAGAGCGACCAAGAAGUCAGAAGCAGGUUUCUUGCAGCAUACAAGCUCAUGCUGGGUUUUUACGGCAUCAAACUCCUGGACCUUGAGACUGGAAAGGUGACAAAGGCAGAGAAUUGGAAGGAGAGAUUCCAUAACUUGAACAAUUACAGUCACAACAACCUGCGGAUCACCCGGAUACUCAAGUGUUUGGGGGAGAUGGGCUACGAACACUUCCAGGCCCCUCUGGUCAGGUUUUUCCUUGAGGAGACCAUGUGUAACAACAACUUACCCAACGUGAAAAGGAGCGUACUGGACUAUUUCAUGUUCACCGUGAAGGACAAGCAGGAGCGCGCAAAGCUGAUGACAUUGCUUGAAAGAAUUAAGAAUCCCACAAACCAUUUAUCUGGGGACCAGUGGAGAAGCUCAGAAGCUACAGAAAUGGGAAUGGAACUAGGAGUGCAGGGGAGGGAAGAGUCUACAAGUAGGAAAAGGAGGUAAAGAAGAUAAUUAAGAUAGGGAAGUCUUAGUACCCAUAUCAAUCAAUCCCAUCCCAACCAUGAAGAAUUUCAACACUCUUUCCCUUGUUUUAGACUGACUAGCAAGCAUUCACUUCCUGUUUGGGUGACCACUAUUUGUGAAUGCUACAUAAAGGUCUGGCCUUAGGUUACAUGACGCCCUCUGCGGUAUAUACAUAUAUACAGCACCAGAACCAAGCACGGUACAUAAAUACAGCGUUUGAACCAAGCAUGGUACAUAAAUACAGCACCAGAAUCAAGCCCAUCACAUAAACAGAUCCCCAGAACCAGGCCCAUCACAUAAACAGAUCACCAGAUCUAAGCCCAUUACAUAAAUACAGCACCAAAAUCAAGCCCAUCACAUAAACAGAUCAUCAGAACAAAGCCCAUUACAUAAACAGAUCACCAGAACUAAGCCCAUUACAUAAAUACAGCACGAGACCCAAACUCAUUACAUAAAUACAGCACCAGAACCAAGCCCAUCACAUAAACAGAUCACCAGACCCACGCUCAUUACAUAAAUACAGCACCAGAAUCAAGCCCAUUACAUAAACAGAUCACCAGAACUAAGCCCAUUACAUAAAUACAGCACGAGACCCAAACUCAUUACAUAAAUACAGCACCAGAACCAAGCCCAUCACAUAAACAGAUCACCAGAACUAAGCCCAUUACAUAAAUACAGCACGAGAAUCAAACCAAUUACAUAAAUACAGCACCGGAACCAAGCCCAUCACAUAAACAGAUCACCAGAACUAAGCCCAUUACAUAAAUAGAGCCCUAGAAUCAAGCACAUUGCAUAAAUACAGCACGAGAGCCAAGCACCGUACACUACAGUGUGAAACUACAGCUCCCAGUAUGUCCUUAACAAGUGUAAAGCUAUGGUGGGAGUUGUUUUACAAAAGAGAAUGCUACCACCCAUCAUCAUGCUGUAGAGCAUGGAUCAGCAACCUUCGACACUCCAGCUGCUGUGAAACUACAACUCCCAGUAUGCACACUUACACGGCUGUUUCUCAUAGAAGGAUUCUGGGAGUUGUGGUUUCAGAACAGCUGGAGGUUGCUGAUCUCAGCUAAAGACCACACAUGAGGGACUGAUAGCACUGAUCAGACACUGGGAGAAUAAACAACAGAGUUCUUCUUUUUCCUAUUCUUUCCAUUAAGUUCCGACCACUACAGCUGGAUUCUCCAGGCCACGACUCGUCUCUACUGCAUUUGCCAUUAACUAAUACAAACUCCUCUCAGUGCCACAAUCUGUGCCCUGAAAAUAAUAGUAUCGUAUAUUGUGCCUCUGAAUACAAUCAUGUCACAUAUUUCCCCACAUGAAAAUAAUGGACCACACACAGUGUCCCCUAAUGGUAGUGUCCCCUAUAGAUAGUGCCACACUGUGCCUCUGUAGUACCCCAGAAGGGGCACUACCAUUCUUAUACCUAGCUACUGUCUCUAAUGGCUAGCAGAGAAUGUCAUCUAUGUAUUUUAUUCCAGAUCCUCUGAUAUUGUGCCUUAAUGAUAUUGUUAUGCAACUGUUAUUACAUAUAACGUGCCUGGUUGACCAGCAGGUGGCAGUGUAUUUGGAAGAUAGUACUUUUAGAUAGAAUGGAACUUACCAAUCCAUUCUCCCCUCUUUUAGGCAGAAGUGGGCUAGUCCAGUUUCCUAUUAAGGGAGUGGUUGGAGAAAGAGAUCGUGGAGUCAAGAGUGGAGAGAGUUGAGAAGUUGAGUAGAGAGUUGGAGCUAGAGAGUGAAGCAGUGUGGUGACGGCGCGUUAUCCCCUCACUGCUGUAGGAGCUUUGGGAAUGUAGCUCAGAGAGCAGCACAUUCCUGAUAUAUGAAAGGACUUAGUACUUAGAAAACGGGUCACAGGAUACCUCACUCUCAUAAGAAGCAGUAACUGAAGCUGAUAGGAACCAGAUUGAAGGCAGAGAAUAGCACAGCAGCAGAGAGAGAAAGCAAAGUAUUUAAGUGUACCUGCCAGUUUACCCUUAGCCUGCUGGAGCCAAGAGAAAGAUCAAGUAUUAUUUGGAUGGCACAAGUUUAUUGACAGUUUUUUCAAGUAAAAACCAUCGAACUUUACCAAGUCUGGACUCUACUUACUCCACCAACUACAACUCCUUUGUUGCUAUUGAGCCUAAACCAGGGGAGUUACAAUAUCCAGAUAGGAGCACCGAGACACAAACUAUUAGGUCCACAACAUACCACUCAGCAUUCCUAAACACUUGGACUCGAUCGUCCCUGGGGGGCGGCCCACCGCACCUCCAUACUGUGCCACAUGCUCUGUGCCCCCAUACCUAGUGCCACAUGCUCUCUGCCACCAUACAUACUGCCACAUGCUCUGAACCCUAAUACAUAGUG